ACCAUGAAAACCACAACAGCUUCAGUGUUUCUUCUUUUCAUCUUCUCAAUCACACAGUCAUCCCUUUUGUUUGGGGUGGCCAACGCUACAAAUGAUCCUGUGCUCGACAUGGAGGGAGAGCUCCGCACCGGCGUCGAAUACUACGUUAAGUCGGCGAUAUGGGGCGCCGGUGGUGGAGGGCUUGCCAUAGGCAGGUCUAGCAAACGACCGUGUCCGGAGAUUGUCGUUCAGAGACUAUCCGACAUGGACAACGGUAUUCCCGUGAUAUUUUCUAAUGCGAACACCAGCGACCGCGUUGUCCGACUAUCGUCCGACGUGAACAUCGAGUUCUUCCCCCUGAGGGACAGACUCUGCAUGAAGUCAACGGUGUGGAAGUUAGACAACUACGACGGUUCAGCCGGAAAAUGGUGGGUGUCACUGGGCGGGACCAAAGGAAAUCCAGGUCCCAAGACUUUGAUGAAUUGGUUUAAAAUAGAGAAGUCCAGCUUAUUUGGCUACACCUUCAAGCACUGCCCUUCGGUUUGUGAAUCAUGUACAAGUUUAUGUAACGAAAUUGAGAGAGAUUUAGACUCCGAUGGAAAAAUGCGUUUGGCUCUGUCCAGAGAGCAAGGAGGAAUGCCAUUUAUCUUCAAGAAAGUAGAAAAAGCAAGAGAGGAGAUUCAGCAAGUUGUUCGUGCUUGA